AUGAUCAUGAUACAGAAUUGGUUUUAUUAUUGGCUAAAACGUUUGUUUACAAGAAAAACGAUGCAUGAUUUAGAAAAAGACGUUACCAACGAAGAAAUGAAAAGAUCGUUAAAUGUUUGGCAAUUAACCGCGUUGGGUAUAGGCGGAAUCAUUGGAACGGGAAUAUUUGUUUUAUCGGGAGAGGCUGCUGCAAAAUUUGCUGGUCCAGCAGUAAUUGUGUCAUUUAUUGUAGCAGGUUGUGCUGCAGGCUUAGCCGCAAUGUCAUAUUCAGAAAUGGCUUCUAUGGUUCCAGUAUCUGGAUCAGCUUAUACAUAUACGUAUGCAACAAUGGGCGAAUUUCUUGCAUGGAUAAUUGGAUGGGACUUGAUACUCGAGUAUCUUGUGGGUGCUGCUACCGUGGCUGUGGGAUGGAGUGGAUACGUUUGUGCAUUUUUUAAACAAGCGUUUGGUAUUCAAGCGAAGGAAUGGAUUGUUACAGCUCCAGUGUCGUGGAAUGAGACAUCACAAUCAUUUUAUGUAACCGGUCAGGUUAUUAAUUUACCAGGAGAAUCAGCAACUGUCAAUACAAUCAUUGUCGUUAUUAAAGUACUAGUCGUAUUGUUAUUUAUCUUUGCUGCUUGCAAAUUUGUUGAUCCCCAUAAUUACACACCAUUUUUUCCCCCAAACAAAGGGUCAUUUAAUUCAUUCGGAGUUACGGGAAUGUUACACGGCGCUACGGUGGUAUUUUUUGCUUAUAUUGGAUUCGAUGCAAUAACCACCACAGCGCAAGAAAGCAAAAAUCCUCAACGUGAUUUACCAAUUGGGAUCAUAACGAGUUUAGUCGUAUCAACUAUAUUGUAUAUUGCAGUUUGUUUGGUAUUAGUCGGUGUAGUGUCCUAUAAAGACUUGAAUGUGCCAAAUCCAAUAUCCGUCGCAAUCGAGGCAACACAUGUUGGUAAAUGGUUAGCAAUUAUCGUUGAUUUGGGUGCUAUAGCUGGUCUCACAUCGGUUUUAUUAGUUAAUUUAAUGGGACAACCAAGAAUUUUCUAUUGUAUGGCACAUGAUGGCCUCUUUCCAUUAUUCAUCGCCCAGAUUCAUCCCAGAUUCCGAACUCCAUGGGUUUCUACACUCAUUACAGGUGUUCUAUGCGCAGCCUGUGCCGGUGUAUUGCCAAUUGACGUUCUCGGAGAAAUGACUUCAAUUGGUACACUUCUCGCCUUUUUUCUUGUACAUAUUGGAAUUAUUAUUAUGCGUUUUACUCAUAAAGACACUCCACGUCGUUUUCGAGUACCCGGAGGCCCUUGGUUUAUACCACCAUUAGGAGCUGCCGUUUGUCUAUUACUUAUGAUAACAUCGUCCAAAGCCACUGGUAUACGUCUAGUUGUUUGGCUUGUGAUUGGAUUAAUUAUUUAUUUUUGUUAUGGUAUUCGAAAUUCAAAAUUACGUCGAGGUCAUCAGUCAGUAGAUGCUCCAUUUGCUAAUAAUAAUACUGUUAAAAAGAAUGAUGUGGUGAUGGAUGAAUUUGCUAAACCAUCGAUUCCUGCAUCAUAA